UACUCUUUCAACCAGCACAAUUUACUACAUGUUAUAUUUUUUCAGUUUUUCAACACUCGUUUUCACACUUGUUUUACUCCUUUUGCCUUCAAAUUUGCCAACAAAGCCAAUUUUAGAAUGUUUUGGUUUAACAACAAUAAUCCAUAUAGCAAUAGCUUUAUUUGCUUGGAUAACUUGUAUUGAAAUAAAAGUGGCAAAAAAUGAAUUAAAAAAUAAAUAUGACGAUGAAGUUUGGGAAGAAGAAAAAAGAAUAAAUAGUUGUAGUAGAAAUUUUGGUGAUAUUCCCUAUUCUCUUUGA